AUGGAAGCUGGACCGGCUGGGCCGCUUACAGAAGGUGCAGUCCAUCCCGGCUGCGUGUAUCUAGUUGGAGCUGGUCCUGGAUCAGCAAAGCUGCUGACGCUGCGAGCACUGGAGGUGUUGCAAUCUUGCGACGUGAUUCUGUACGAUCGGUUAGCUCAGGAGGUCAUAGGUUUCGCAAAGCCGACGGCGGAAGUCCGUUAUGUCGGGAAGGAAACCAACGUCCCCACUGCAGAGAUGAAGGUGCACCAGGACAGCAUCUCGUCUCAGCUGGCCGCAUUGGCAAAGCAAGGGAAGUCAGUGUGCCGCCUGAAGGGAGGAGAUCCCAUGAUCUUCGGCCGAGCAGGCGAGGAAAUGGAGGAGCUGGCAGCAGCGGAAGUUCCUUACGAGGUUGUGCCAGCCGUGACUGCUUGCUUAGCAGCAGGUGCUGAUGCCCGCGUGCCGUUGACGUAUCGUAACUGUGCGACUUCACUUCGGGUUCAGACGAUGAAUCCGUCCACCAUAAAAGACGAGAAGUUCGACUGGUCGCAAUUUGCAGCUCCCAGCGCAACCUUCGCCCUGUACAUGGGGCUGAGUGUGGUGGAGAGUGUCACGCAGAAAAUGAUGGCGGCCGGGGUUUCUGCUGAAACACCUAUGGCGCUCGUGGAUAGAGCCUCGCUUCCCGAGAUGCAGGUUGUAGCGGGCACCGUGGCCACUCUUGCCGCCGCAGCCGUGAAAGAUCGCAAAGACUUGCCAGGCCCAGCUUUGAUCCUGAUGGGUGAGGUCGUGGGCAUGCGAGACCGGGUUGCAGGCAGUCUGCCACCUCCCAGCUGCUCGACGCAGCCGGCUCUGGCUCUUAUACAGUCAAAACUGCCGGUUCUAGGCGACGACGAGCUGAGGCAACUCCAGCAACAAGCUGGCGACUUGCUGGCCGCGCGAGCUAAGCGCAAGCUUGAGCAGGCUCCACUGGCCAGUCGGAUCGAAGAACACUUGGCGAACUUCGUUCCCAGACCGCGCCCAGCAAAUAAGGAAGAGAACGCAGCUUUGCGGUAUCUGAGCCCGGAGGGACGCACCAAGCAGUUGCGAGGUUCCGAGGAAUGGGUGCAGCAGCUCCUUAGAUCUACUGAAGAGCACCAAGUCGCUGCACCUCCAUGGUGCCUCGAGUCUCCUCCUCACCAGUCCAGGGAGGAGGCAGACUUUGCAGAAACGGAGGAAAUCGCCUUCAACAAGAAGAGUGUCACGGACACGCCGCAUCGGUCAGAGGCCCUUUUGGCAGGGAGGAGCAGUUUGCGACAGGAUAAGAUGCCUGCAACGGCGGGUCAUUCCGCGGAGGAAUCGUCAGCCGUGAAGGACGUAUUCAAGCAGUACGAUGACGGUGAUGGUGUUCUAUCGCGGGAUGAGUUAAAGAGGAUGCAGGCAGAUCGCUGUGUCGUAGAUGAGCUCAUGCCUCGUCGCGUUGGCAUGUUGAAGGCAGAGACCUCGAAGCUUGCGGAGGCAUUUGACUUUGACAAGUUGGACACCGACGGAGACGGUGUGGUUUCAAAAGACGAGCUGGCGGCUGCCCUGGACUCGGACUCGAUGCAGGACACCAAGGACGAGGACGUAUUCAAGCAGUACGAUGACGGUGAUGGUGUUCUAUCGCGGGAUGAGUUAAAGAGGAUGCAGGCAGAGACCUCGAAGCUUGCGGAGGCAUUUGACUUUGACAAGUUGGACACAGACGGAGACGGUGUGGUUUCAAAAGACGAGCUGGCGGCUGCCCUGGUCAGCCCCGACUGGGACUCGAUGCAGGACACCAAGGACGAGGACGUAUUCAAGCAGUACGAUGACGGUGAUGGUGUUCUAUCGCGGGAUGAGUUAAAGAGGAUGCAGGAAGAGACCUCGAAACUUGCGGAGUUUGACUUUGACAAGUUGGACACAGACGGAGACGGUGUGGUUUCAAAAGACGAGCUGGCGGCUGCCCUGGAUUGGGACUCGAUGCAGGAGCCGAAGAAGGAGGACAGUCUCCAAGUGGCCAUCACCGUGCAGAGUGCAGCUGCUCUUAGCCAACAGUCUCGCGAGCUUCUCGACAGCAGUCGCAUGGCAAGUCAGCGGAAGGAAAAACGCAAGGCAAAGAGGAAGGAGGCUUCAGCCGCCCAGGCCGCCCAGGCCGCCGAAGCAGCCGAGGCCACAAGGGCAAGUGGCCCUAGGAGGGCCUCGGUUGAUGGCCUCGGGAAGACGCCUUCAGGCGCUGUACCGGAAGAGAAGGACGAGACGGACUUACUUGGGGAUCUGGUUCGUGAUUCGAAAAAGGACUUGGCAGACACAGAACGAGCAAUGACCAAGAGGGCGGAGCCCGACGUUGCAAUCUCCAUCGCGGGCGGGGCGCAGCUUGUUACACGCUUGAAUGCUCAAAGCACGGAGAAUGAAUUGGAAACGAGUGGCAAGGAGGCUGCAGGGGUCGAGGAGCACAUGGGCCCUUCGCUGUCUCCGGAAGGUUCAGGCCAAGAUCGAGACAUGAAGCCCACGAUGGAGAGCGGAAGCCGUGAUCCUCCACAGUUCCCUGUGGAGAUGGCCCCGUCCAAGGCACAGCGCCAAGGACUCGAGCCGGCGCAGUUGAGCCCUGAUCUACCCUUUCAGACCUUCUAA